UAAAGCAAAGCAUUCAAAUAUUAAAGCAAAAACAAUUCAAAAGUGUUAUUAAGUAUACGCAACAAAACGGCAAAGCUAAUUUUAAUCCAAAGUGCGCAUAGCUGCAACUCUAUGAGUUUUGUAAACCAAAGGACUACGAACAUUGAAUUUCAAUUGCUGCCCAAUAGAUAACAAUUAGCCAAGCCAAGCAACAAUAGCAAGUGUUUAAGCUAAGUGCAACCAAUUAACAAUUAAAGUGAAAAAUAUAAAACACAAUUAAUAAUAAUGGCCAAGUACUAUAUGACGCUGACGCUGCUGCUCUGCCUGGCGUUGCAGAGCAACAACAUCUAUGCUCGAUCGCAUGCCAGUGCGCCCGCAGAGGCUUCGGUGACGAUGCGCAGUGCGCAUCCGCAUCCUAGACACCAGCCGGAUCAGCCGGCACAGCACUCGAGUCAACCGCAUACGCGUCAGCAGCGAAAUCGACAUCCCAAGCAUGUGGCGCCCGAUCCCAACAGCGAGGAGGAGGAUGAGGCAGUGCAGCGUCUGCAGUUCGAGCAUAAAAUGCGUCACAAGCGCAUGCAGGAGGCGCACUGGCUGCAACAGCAGCAAAGCUAUCAUCGCCUACAUGAUGAUGAUGAGGCUGAGCAGCCAAAGCAUCAGCCCACAGUGUGGGAGCUGCUUGGUCCGAGCUACGGCGAGGAGCUGGACUAUGUCAAUGAUGCAGCUGCAGACUCCGAAGAGGAUUUGCUGCAGUCGCUGCCAGUUGUAGUGCCAGAGCCAGAGCCCGAGCCUGCGCUGAACGCCAGCAAGUCAACUGGCGGCUGUCCCAAGUGCGAAAGCCAUCGCCAGGUGGAGCAGAUCAGCGAGGAGGCGCUGAGAACGCUGCGCAUUGAGUUUGUCAAGCAGCAGAUACUCGAGAAGCUGCGCCUCAAGGAAAGCCCCAAUGUGGCUGCCGUGGAGCUGCCCAAGCCCAUAUUCGAGGGCGUUACCCUCGCCCAGUCGACGGAGACGGGCAAGCACAAGGAGUACGAUGAUUACUAUGCUCGCACCAAUCAGAAAUUCAUACUAUUACAGCGUGAGGAAGUUGAAUGCCGCCGCUUGGGCAAUCAUCCGUCCAUGUGCUUCAGCUUCAAGAUUGACGAUGCCGAUGCAGAUGGCUUCGAUGUGAAUACCGCUGUGCUCUGGUUGUUCAAGAACAAACAGAACUUUACCAAGGCCAGCAACGAGUCGGAGCCACUUAAUGCUGAGCAGAAGAAGGAAACGAUUGUGGUCUCCGAGCUGGAGCAGCAGCUGGACUCGAAGUAUCUGCCGCUGGCCAGAACUAUAGCCAUACAGUCGGUGGAUGUGCAAGAUGAGUGGAUGAAAAUCAACAUUGAUUGGCCCAUUAAGCGCUGGUUUGGCAACCACGAGCUCAGCCAUCUCAUACAGAUCACCUGCGAGUCCUGCGACAUCAAGAGCAUGGAGGAGAUCAUUUCGGUGAACAAGAACUACAGACCCUUCAUUAUGAUCGAUACUCAGAAUCGUCGCAGUAAAUCGCGUCAAAGGCGCAGCAUCAAUUGCGCCAGCGGCGUGACCGAAUGUUGCCGUGAGAAGCUCUACAUAUCCUUUAAGGAUAUUGGCUGGGACAACUGGAUUAUACAGCCGCAAGGUUAUGACGCCUACUUCUGUCGCGGCAGCUGCAGCUCCGUGGCGAGUGUGGCCCAGGCAGCCUCACAUCACAGCUCCUUGUUGAAAAUCCUUUCAACAAAUGGUGCACGCAAGCCUCUAGACCUGGUACCCUGCUGUACCGCCAAACAGUAUUCCUCGCUGCAGUUGGUGGUGCUGGAUUCCAACAACACCGCCACACGCAAGACCCUGCCCAAUAUGAUUGUCGAAAGCUGCGGCUGCAGAUAGUUCCGGCUCCGCACAGUGGGGCAAUUUAGUUUUUAGCCGCUCAUUUGCUUACUUUUUCACAAUUAAUUUAAACUCAUUAUAGCAUUAAUUGUAAGCCUAACUGCAUAACUCUACUGCCACUAGCUAGUUUAGUUGAUUUGUCUAAUUUAGUUGUAGUCCAAGUCAAUGUACUUAAGCGCUCGAAGUAUAAGCCUAACAGUAGACAUAAGUAGUAAAUGAGGAUAACUAAAGCUAAUUAAAAUAAAUAUAAGCGUAAUUGUUUAAAUUAGUGCUAUUUAAAUAUAGA